AUCAAGGCUUGCAAAGGCCCUCCUCCUCCAAAAUACCUGGGAAUUCCAGCGCCAUCGCCAGCAUCCUCGCAAGCAGCAGCGCCACCAUCGUGAUCAAAAUGUAAGAACAUUCUUGCGUAGCAAAGAGCCUCUCCGGAAUUUAGGGUUUGUGAUCUUCCAUGGCCAUGGCGUUGCGUCGUCGAUGGGUCGGCCUGGCGAUCAAUCAAUCGAGGCUUUGGUCGUCUGGCGCAGCGCGGAUCGAGCAGCCGGCGCCCAAGAACCAAAAGAAUGCGCGCGAUUCCAAGGAAGAUCCAAAGGAAGAACCGAGUAGCACUAGGGCUGAGAGUAAUAAGAACGAGAACGAGAAUGGCAAAGGAGUAGAGCGUGAGGAGGUGGGAGGACCCCAAGGCCUCGAGCCAACGCGCUAUGGCGACUGGGAGAAAGCUGGAAGAUGCUAUGAUUUCUAGUUAACAACCAUAGCCCAAGAUCGAUCUCUCAAAACCUUUACAUCUCUCUCAAACUAUACAAUACGACUAUACCAUAUCAAAAUA